GCACUCCUCUUCAGUGCCUGAGCUCGUCUGUACGGCUGUGUUAGCACAUGCAGUUGGGGGGUGGUAAAAAACAAACAAUGUGCACUCCUCUUCAGUGCCUGAGCCAGGGGUGGACUGACAACUCAUGGGGCCCCCGGGCAAUAGGGGAUCAUGGGGCCCCUGUGUCCUUGCCCAAACUCAAAAAAGCCUAUGAAAAAGGUACCAGGGGCAUCUCAUGGGGCCCCCUACUGACCCCGAGCCCUCGGUCUGUGCCCGAGUUCCAAAUGGUCAAUCCACCCCUGGCCUGAGCUCUUCUGUUCGGCUGUUAGCACUUGCAGAUGGGGCGG